AUGGCUUCCGAAGAAAAUGGGUCGCACUUUGGGGCAUCGAGUGCAAACAUGCAACAACUCGAAGAGUUCAGUAUCAAGGAGACCGCACAGACAAUGAGGUCUAAUGCACCAGGAUUGUGGGGAUUGCUUGGGAUUCUACUCAGCGAGGAUGAGAGGUUGGGAAGUAACGAAGACGUGGUCAUGAGCGAUGCGGAAGAAGCUGUCAAUGACUAUUAUUGGGAUCAGGUGGAAGCAAUAGAACUCGAGGGGUUCAUCAAUGCACUCACCUCUGAAGGGGAUACAGUGGCCUUGAAGCGAGAUAUUCACACAAAUAGAUGUGCCGCUAUAUGUAACAUUACUGAAUCUGACCUAAGGAAGGAAUAUCCGAACUGA